UGCAACACCAGUGUGUCCUUGGCUUUUGGUGUCUGUAUUUACUGUAGUAUUUGUAGAGCUGCCUUUGGCCUUUACACUGUAUUUAGUAGAUGUAUCAGGUUUUUUACAUUCUUGCAUUAUUGUCUCUUCCUUGAUUAUAGCUUGAUCUUUGACUUGUACUGCUAUAAAUUUGAGAGAUCUUGGUAAUUCAUCAUCUCAUCCUCUUCAUCAUGACGCUGCUUCUUCAUGUGCUGAUGCUGUUUCUUCUCUCCGGUGGUUCGGCUGAAGUUGUGAAAAAUUUUGAGCUCAAGUGUGGUCAAUUUUUUGCAGGCGGAAAAUCACCAACAACAUUUACUGGAUCACAGUAUGAGCAGAUCUGCCAAACUCUAAAUGGUGUUGCUCAUUAUGCCACAUAUUAUGAUACUAAGAACAGGAUCCCAGUGUACUCAGCCUACAGGUUUGAAAAGAAAAUGGGCUGCACAAGACUAGAUAAGUGGCACAUCGAACCUCAACUUGAUAAGACACCACCAAACAUGGCAUUUGAGGAUAUUUGGGGAGAACGUCAAGCUCUCAAUGGAGAUUAUGUGAAGUCUGGCUACCACAAAGGUCAUCUGGCACCAGUCUAUCAGGCACAAUCACAGGACUGUUCUGACGCCACCUUCACUCUCACUAACGCUGCUCCACAAAACCCCUCUUUUAACAGCGGUCAAUGGAGGGUACUAGAAGAAAACAUGGCAGGAGAACUGUCCGAGCAAUGCAAAAAGCUUUCUGUAUUCAUAGUAACAGGGGUGGUUCCAGGUACUAAAAAGACAAAGAACGAGAGAGUUAAUGUGCCUAGUCAUUUCUGGACUGCAUACUGCUGCUUAGACAACAAUAAGAAAUGUCAAUUCUCAAGAGGGUUUAUUGGAGUGAAUGAGAACAUCACUCCCCAGAACAUAACUGUGAAUGAUUUAGAGACAGAGUUGGCAAAGCUUUAUAAAGUCAAAUCUUUUGAGGUGUUUGAUAGCUCCUUAGAACCACCAGCAAAGAAACCAAAGCUUUCAAAAUAGAGCUUUACCAAACUUUACCAAUUUGUUUGUUAUUAUCAUUUCUGAUUUUAAUUAUCAGUUGAAUCAUAAAGAAAAUCAUUAAAGAAAAUUCAUUUCAUUUUUGACUGUAACAAUCAAAACAAUUAUAAUGUGUUUAAAAGAAGUGAAUCAUAUUGGAAUAAAGAUUAUAUAUAUACAUAU